UCUUGAUUAAAUUUAAACAAAAAUUGUAAAUAAACAGUGUUAUCCGGUCAACGCCAUCUUUAAACAACAUGGCGGAUCAACGUCGAGCUGUUAGGACACUUACUUUUACAAUUUAGGUUAAAUCUGUAUAAGAAAAAUUCUAAGAUUGUAUGAACGUAGGAUAUUUACCGAUUUUUGACGUCUGACCUAAAAAAUAUUAACAAUUCAAUAUUAGAAGAAAAGACAAAAGAGAACUUAAGAAUGUCACAGACUAACAUACCGCCAGAUUCCUGACAUCUACUUCAAACAAAGUUCUUGCAGCUAGUUUAAUAUUUAUCACCAAAAAAAAAAGAGAAAAAAGUCUGAAACGCUCAAAAUGAUGAUGUUCUAAAGGAGACAUGAUUACAUGAUCAAAUAAAAAGGGUUAGUGGGAAAGAUCAUAAAAUGGAUUCCGAUGGAAUCUACGAGGAAACGUACGAAGAUGAAUACGCUGAUGAUGAGAUGCCGGAUGAUAAUGAAGAUACGGUCGUGUUAAGCGAUAGUUCAGACUCGGAGGAAAGCGAACCAGAAGACUCAGGAUUUAGUAACAAUGAAAAUGGUGGUUCGCAAGAGUUGACGUUACUAGACGAGGGGCCAUCAGUGUUGAUACAGCCGUCAAUACUUGAUGACGAGGAUGAAGGGGAAGAUGAUGAAGGAACUUCUUUAAGUAUGCCACAAUCCAUACAUUUGCCUCCCCUUGAUUUGCUGGCAGACGUCACUGCAGAAGCUCGUUUAAUGAUGUCAUCCAAAGAUACUGGUAUCAGUACACAAGCCGAGGAAGAAGGCGAGGGUGAAGGUGACGAUGAUGCUGUCACAACUGAGUCAUCUAAAGAUCUCAUAAUAGAACAAGAAGAUAAAAAGGAAAUAGAAAAGAAAAUACCAAAGAAAAAGAAGAAAAAGAAAAAAUGGUUCUACAUAUGUCUUUCAAACUGUAAAUAUGAUGUUGUUCGUAAAGUGUCACGCAAGUUUGGUUUUAAAGAAGUCUCAGAUGAUGAUGACUGGACACUUUACUGGACGGAUUAUUCUGUGGCCCUGGAAAGGGUCAUGGAUAUGAAAAAAUACCAGAAAAUCAAUCAUUUUCCUGGAAUGAGUGAAAUUUGUAGGAAGGACUUAUUAGCUAGAAAUAUGAACCGAAUGUUAAAGAUGUUUCCAAAAGAAUACAAUGUCUUCCCUAAAACAUGGUGCCUUCCUGCAGAUUAUGGAGAUUUCCAAGCAUACUGUCGACAGAAGAAGAACAAAACAUAUAUAUUAAAGCCAGAGUCUGGUUGCCAAGGUCGUGGUAUCUGGGUCACGAAAAAUCCAAAAGAUGUUAAACCACAUGAGCAUAUGAUCUGUCAACAUUACAUGUCUAGGCCUUUACUAAUUGAUGGUUUCAAAUUUGACUUGAGGAUCUAUACCUUGGUGACUUCUUGUGACCCACUUAGAAUAUUUGUGUUCAAAGAUGGUCUAGCUAGAUUUGCUACCAACAAAUACACAGAACCUACUCAUAGCAAUGUA